UCCAGCAGUAGUGACCAUACACCCAGCUGCUGCUCCAGCAGUAGUGACCAUACACCCAGCUGCUCCUCCAGCAGUAGUGACCAUACACCCAGCUGCUGGUCGCCAUGUUAGAAGGAACAUCAACAAUCUUACAAUAAUAACAACUGGACUUGGGUUUGAUGAGGCAGAGGAGGCAUCACUCAGUUUUGAGGAUAUAUUCCAGCUAUGUUGUAGAAGCCCUCUGCCAGCCUCUGUCAUUAGAGACAUGGACACUAAGAUUAUGCACAUUUCAAACACAAGCUCAGAAAAAACAGGUGAAAGCAGUAUGAAUACAAAGUGCAAAGAAAGUGAAAGAUUUUUGAGUGAUUCUAAGGAAGUGGCUAAUGAUUAUGUAGAAAAGUCAGAAUUUGAACAUGAAGCUGGGCAUACAGGACAGAAAACUGAGCAGUCAGCCGAGGGUAACACAUGUCCAAAGGUGAUUUCAGAAACUCAGGAUUUAAAGCAUGAGGAUACAGUUUCUGAACAGGAAACCGAAGAGUUUAAAUACGAGUUGACUAUGAAAGAUUCAAAACAAGACAAUUCCAAAUUCAGUCAGGCCACUGUGGAGUUCGAACAGCAGACCAAAAACUCAAAUGAGGCUGAUCAGGAAAGUCUGCAAACUAAGCUGGAAACUGAGUAUCUCAAAGCUAACACAGAUACAGAGUACUCAACAGAAUUUAGACAGGAAAGUACGAAUUUUAAGGAGGCCACUAAUUAUUAUGAAGAUGAGACAAACUCUGAACCUGUAACAGAAAAUUCUAAACAGAAGGCCAUGGUAGAUGAAGACUACUUAGAUUUUGAGCAAGAAAAUUAUUUGCUUUGGCCUGAUAUUAAUUGUGAACAGGAAGAUGGGUCUAAAAUGGAAGUUGUGGGUUCAGAAAAGGAGAAUGACAAAAACAAGCAGGGAAGUGAAGAAUUUAAGCAGGUGACAGAAGAUUCUAAAGAAAAUGUUUCUAAACUGGAAAAUAAAGAUUCUAAAACAGUGUUGAUUUUGAAAGAUUCAAAACAAGGCAAUUCCAAAUUUAUUCAAGAAGCUGAAGAUUUUACUCAAAAAUACAGCAAUUCAAAGCAAACAGUCCAGAAUUUUAAACAGGAAAACCAUCUACAGUCAGAAACCGUGUGUUCCAAAGGAAAAAAUACAGAGCAGUCAACUGAAGAUUCUCAUCAAAAUUCCAAGGAUGAACAUAAAACUGGUAAUUCCAAACAGAAGACCAAAUUAAAUGAGGAUUCUAUAGAUUUUGAGUAUGGAGAUUAUUUGCUUUGGAGUGAAAUGUAUUAUGAAGAGAAUGGGGAUUCUAAAAUGGAAGUUGCAGGCUUAAAAAAUGAGUAUGAUAAAUAUAUGCAAGGAAGUGAAGAGUUGAAGCUGAUUAUCAAGGAUUCUGAAGAGAAAGAUAAAAGGCUGAAGACAACUGAUAAUUUGGAACAAGAGGCUUCCGAAACUAAACAUACAAAUGAAGAUUUUAAACAAGAAAACUCAGACUUGAUGCAUAUAUCUCAGGAAUGUUCAAAACCACAGCAUUUAAAUAAGAAUUGUAAAGAGGAUUAUUCUAAGCCUAAACAAUCAACCGAGGAUACCACACAAGAAUAUCCAAUAGUGAAUUCUGAAAUUAAGGAUUCUAAGAAAGAAGAUCCAGUUUAUAAACUUGAAGCCGAAAAUUCUGAAACAGAGUUGACUGUAAAAGAUUCAGGACAAGACAGUUCCAAAUCCAGACAGGAGGCUGUGGAGUUUAAACAGCAAAACAAUAAAUCCAAGCAAGCAAUCCAGAAGUUUGAACAAGGUGAUGUGCAACCUAAGCUGGAAACUAAAUAUUGCAGAGAUAACGCAUAUACAGAGGACUCAUUGGAAUUGUUUGAACAAGAAGGCCCAUGUUGUAAGCAGACUGCUGAGAAUUAUGAAGAUGAGCCAAACUCUGAACAUGUAACAGAAAAUUCUAAACAAAAAGCAAUGCUAGAUGAGGACUAUUUAGAUUUUGAACAGGGAAAUUAUUUGCUUUGGACUGAUGAUAAUUGCGAACAGAAAGAAGAAUCAAAAAUGGAAGUUGUGGGUUCAGAAGCAAAGAAUGAUAAGAACAUGCAGGGGAGUGAAAAGUGCCAGCAGGAACCUCAUUGUGACAAACAGGGAAAAAAUAAAGCUUAUUCUCAACAUUCUGACUUUAAGCACAAACAUUCGACAGUCAAGGAGAAGAGCAAGACUUCUUCAAAAUUUAGAAUAUCAGGGAAACAUGCUUGUCUCAUAGAUGAAGUAUGUAAAAAGGUGAGUUAACUUUUCCAUAAAUUUUUGUUUUGUAGAAA